AUGACGGCCAAUUCCGACGCCACGGGCUCUGAAUUGGUCCCGGCAUCGGCGGCUAGGCAUAACGCAAUUCUGCGUUGGAAGCGAGUGACAAACCCCUGCGGGCCGCAACCUCGGCCAAGGCAUGGCCACCGCGCGGUAAACAUCAAGGAGCUGAUGGUAGUCUUUGGUGGCGGCAACGAAGGAAUCGUAGAUGAACUGCAUGUCUACAACACUGCUACCAACCAAUGGUAUGUUCCGGCGACAAAGGGCGAUGUGCCGCCGGGAUGCGCAGCAUACGGCUUCGUCGUCGACGGAACACGGAUUCUGGUGUUUGGUGGAAUGGUGGAGUAUGGGAAGUAUUCGAACGAGCUGUACGAGCUGCAGGCCACGAAGUGGGAGUGGAAAAAACUGCGACCGAAGCCACCAGAGUCCGGUCUACCGCCCUGCCGCCGCCUGGGGCACAGCUUCACGCUAGUCGGGGAUAAGAUCUACCUUUUCGGAGGUCUCGCCAACGAGAGCGAUGACCCGAAGAACAACAUACCGAAGUAUCUGAACGAUCUGUACAUUUUGGAGAUUAAAAACAAUCUCCUGCAGUGGGAAAUACCGACGACCUUUGGCGAGAGUCCGCCACCGCGCGAAUCGCACACUGCAGUCUCUUGGUACGACAAAAAGAACAAGAAGUACUGGCUGGUAAUCUACGGCGGCAUGUCCGGUUGUCGGUUGGGCGAUCUCUGGCUGCUCGACACAGACACCAUGUCUUGGACUCGACCGCGGACGCUGGGUCUGUUGCCGUUGCCCCGCUCCCUGCACAGCUCCACGCUCAUUGGUAACCGGAUGUACGUGUUUGGUGGCUGGGUACCGCUGGUAAAUGAUGACGUAAAACAGGAGAAGAACGAAAAAGAGUGGAAAUGUACGAACACGCUUGCGUGUUUGAAUCUCGAAUCGAUGACAUGGGAAGAGCUGGAUCUCGACAUGGACGAGGACAACAUGCCACGGGCUCGGGCUGGCCACUGUGCCGUCGGUAUCCACACCCGACUCUACAUAUGGUCGGGACGCGACGGUUACAGAAAGGCCUGGAACAACCAGGUUAGGGUAUGCUGCAAAGACCUUUGGUACCUCGAGGUAGAGCGUCCGGCACCAGCAUCCCGCGUUCAGCUGGUACGUGCCGCGACGCACUCGCUUGAAGUUUGCUGGCCACAAGUGCCGUCCGCUUCGCACUACAUCCUGGAGGUACAGAAGAUUCCGCAAGCUCCUCCGCCACCUCCAUCUCCCGCUCCGGUCGCACAGGCAACCAGCGCUCCGGUUGCGGCCGCCAUCGGUUCACCAGCAGCAGCCGUCGGGUCGCCAGCUUCCAGCGCAGGGUCUAUGUCUCCAGCACAGGUUGUUGGCAACAAUCUCGCGGGCACACCUGCGUCCAGUGAAGUGCUACCAAGUAAGUGUUCUCCUGUAGUAAAGCAGCUGCCAGGUCGCGUUGCUGGUAUGACCAUUCAAUCGCCUACCAUUUUGUCACCGACGGCAGCUCAGCAACCGGUGGUGGCAUCUGGUGUUCAAUUGACUCCGAGCGGAGCCCUUGGCACGGUUACCACUUCACCGGUGCACGCCCUGUCAUCGCCGGUUCAGCGGAUCGUUACUAAAGUGCAGCCAGCGAAGCAGUUGACUCCUCAAAAAGUGCUGACGACUGGGGGUUCACCACAAGUGUUGCAGCAGCAACCGGUGCAAAUCGUAGCACAGGUCUCGUCCCAGAGCCAAACGCUGCAAGCGGCAGUAGCGCAGGCGACGAUGGCCGCUGGGCAACCGCAAACAAUUCGCGUAGUAGCAACGGGCGCUGGCGGUGCCGCCACAGCCAUCUCAGCCGCCCAACAAUUCGCGUCCGGAACGGCUGGUACUCCGAUUCGCGUGCUCUCCUCGACCGGUCAACAGCUGAGGAUCGGAACGGGAAGUGCGACUAUGCAGACUGCAGCGGGCACCACCACGACCGCCGUCCUGCGGGCCGCCGGACAAAAUAUCGUAUCUGGCGCACAGCUACAGACGGUUCAGCAACGCAUCGUAAGUGGUUCGCCCGUGGGCAACACAACUACCACAGCCACCAUCGGAGGGAAGCAAAUCAUCCUCCAGAAACCGAUGACCAUCGUGAGUGGCACAGCCGGAGUCGGUGGCGCGGGAACCAUCACCAGCGCGACUGGCGGCAACGCUGGCGGCCAGAUUCUGACACUCGUAAAGACCAGUCAGGGUAUGACGAUGCAAACCAUGCCCAAGAUGAGCGUGGUACAGAAGACGGCGGGGUCGCCGGGAACAAUCAUACAGCAAGCGCAACACCACCAACAGCAGCAACAGCAACAGAUCAUAACUUCAAAUCUGGGCGCUGCCAGUGGCUCGGUGCCAAAAGCGACCGUCAUUGGGGGCAACGUGGUGAAGCUAAUGUCUGCUGGAGGGACGGCCACCCUCGGUGGCAAGCAGAUUCUCAUGAAAAACUCCAACAUUGUGCAGGUGGGCAAGGUUGGUACGAAUGCGACCGGCAAACCAACGCUCGUGCUCACUAAUAAAGGCGGGCAGCCGAUUCGGGCCCAGCAACAGGUUAUCGUUGUCACCACCCCGCAAGGCAUUCGCACUGUCAGCGGAACCGUCACCUCGUCGGCCGCGAGCAACUUUGUGACGCUCUCGUCCUCGCAGGUCAUCAAUACGAUCAGCACUACGCGAGCAACCGGCAUCGGUGGAGCGACGAUGUUGCAGGCGGCCGGAACUACCUCCGUGAUGGGUGCAGCAGGAGCUGGCGGGGCGACCGUUCAGGCGGUGCCGGGAACUACCGCCACCAGCCUGGGCGGCCAAGCGAUCAAGCUACGCGCGGUACAGGGUGGCAAACCGAUCACAUUUACGAUGCCGGUCGGUGGAUUACAGGCUGCGGGUCAGAAGAUCGCCGGAACACAAAUCAUCAACAUGCCCCAGAAGCUGGUGAGUGGCAAGGCCGUAACCGUACAGCUGACACCUUCGGCCGGAGGACAGAAGACGGUCACGAUAGUACCGUCGGGCGCGGGAGGCGCUCACGGUGCGACGACAACCGUCACGGGACAGGCCGGGCAGCAGAAGAUUCUGAUGUUACCCUCGAAGACGACCACACGCAUCGUAACCCAGCAGCAGUAUCAGCAGAUUCAGCUGCAGCAACAGCUGCAAGCCCAACAGCAACAGCAGCAACAACAGCAGCAACAGCAACAGCAGCAACAGCAGCAGCAACAAGUUUCAACGGAUGCCGCAUUUGCUGCGUUGGCCGCCGAAGCCGGCCUUAUGGACACAGAAGGUGACGGUAUGGAGCAGAUGGAUGGAUGCUUCGACUUGCAGGCCUUCGUCAUGGACGAAUGUGAAGAAGAAGAUGAGCAGCACGCGUUCGACGGCAAUCGGGUGCUGGAGGGUGCUAUCAUGUCGGCACUAGAAAUGACUGGGGACGAGGCAAUUGAAGAGUGCCCAGUAAUGCCCAUUUUCGAGCAGCUUGAUGGCUGCGACGAUGGCGCGAUGGCAAUUAUGCCCCGCUACGUCAAACUGGGGCUGUACGGUGGAGCAAUAACCAUCGGAACGUCGGCGGCCAACAACGGAAACACGGCCGAUGCGGGGGGAGCAAACGAAGCGUCCAAUAGCAACGCCAUCUCCAACGAGGAUCAUUCGGUGAUGGGCGAUGCGGAGCAGGAUCUCUCGCACGAGAACCUUGUUGAAGGUGAAGCACCGGACGAGCUGAUGGAAUCGGAGGAGGCCGAAGGAAUGGUGCUGCUGGGAUCGGGUGAAAACGAGGAGGGACACGAUGAAAUGGACCCGACCGGCUGCGAAAGUGUCGAUGCGCUCGACACUGGUGCUGGGUCGUCUGCGUACGAGACGGACAGUGGGGUGAUGGUGAAAGCGGAAAAUGCUCUCGGUGAGAGUGCCCAGCAUGAGUCGGAGCACGAAGCUGGUGACGGUAGUUCCGAUGCAGGCAGCGGUGAAAAGUCACAUCCCGGAAAUGAGCUCUUGGGUGCUUCGGCCGCCCAAUCGUCGACAAGGGUCGCUCCGACGGCGUCGGAAGCAGAGGCGGCCAACAUUCUAACGACGAUAAAGGGUGGCGACAUCGUUGCACUUCACAAUGCCGACCUACUGGCUGGCGCUGGUAUUGCGGGUGGCAGCAGCGAUAAUAUUAUCCAACUAAGCGCCGGAUCGACUACCGCUCUGUUGCAAACGCAGCACGAAAACGGCCAAACGAUAAUGUUCAAAGCGCCAGGGCCGGACACUGGUGAAGGAACGACGCUGACACUCAGCGAUGGUUCCACGUACGUUACGCGCCUGCAAACGUCGUCCAACUUGCCCAAGGAGGAGGACGGCGCGGCCACUGGUCAUUUGGAUGCACUGGCGGAAGCGGCCGCCUCGGCUACCUCCGCUCUGCCCACGGAGCUGAUGAACACAAGUGCGUCCGGUGUCGGUGCGCUGAUGGGAGAUCUGCUCUCGUCACCGACAUCAUCGAUAACACCGAUCAAGCAGUACACGAUGGGUGGCCCAUUGCUGGCGUCAUCGUCUGCUACUGCUCCCUCAGCGGUGGCCAGCAAUCCUACAAUCAAUAAUGGCACGAUGAGCAAAGGUUCACAGUUCGCAACUAGUGUUGCUGGCAAGACGGCAAAAGGAGCGACAUCUUCCAAGAACAAGGACGACAAAGACGAUAGACCGACUAAGGCGAAGGAAGAUGCGGGCGAGGCCUGGCACACGGUGGCUAUAUUGAAAACCUGGAAUCACAUCGUCUCGAACUACAUCGAUCUGAGCGAGUGGGACAAUGCGGUCGACGGCGCUACGCUAACCGCGGACAACAUACCUAACCUGACGGACCGAAAGCGAAUAUCGCUCGAGCCCGGGUGUGCCUACAAGUUCCGCGUCGCAGCCAUCAACAGCUGUGGCCGGGGCGAGUGGAGCGAUGUGACGCCCUUCAAGACCUGUCUUCCAGGCUUCCCGGGAGCGCCGUCGGCGAUCAAAAUUUCGAAAUCGCCCGAAGGUGCCCACCUGUCCUGGGAACCGCCACCGUCGACUACCGGUGACAUUCUCGAGUACUCGGUGUAUCUGGCAGUCAAGUCGCAGAACGCGCCAAAAGACAAAGCGACCACCUCCGCCGCGCAACUCGCGUUCGUCCGGGUGUACUGCGGAUCCACCAACCAGUGCACGGUCACGAACCACUCCCUACAGACGGCGCACGUCGAUUUCACUUCAAAGCCGGCCAUUAUCUUCCGCAUAGCGGCGCGGAACGACAAGGGUUACGGACCUGCCACCCAAGUCAGGUGGCUACAAGACCCACAAUCGUCCAAGACGGCAGCGUCGGCCGGAGGUGCGACCGGGGCGCAGUCUGGCGCAUCCGGCAAGCGGAUGAACGAGAAGUCAGUGACCGGUGGAACGCCCAACAAGCGGGCGAAGCUUAAUUCAUCCUCCGGGACGGGGGGCAAUUCUUCGUCCUCUUCGUCAACGAUGAUGGUGUCGCCUUAAUCGGCCAACUGGGCCCUCGUCGAUUCAAUGCCACAAGCCGACGUUCUUAUUGUUCAUUGACGACGCAGAUAUUUGACAGGUAAAUGAGCCACACACAACAGCAACAAUGUUCACGGGGAACUCUGGAGAAAGAUGCAAAGUAUGUUACAAACAAGGGGGAGAGUUUUUUUGUAUUCGCGACAUGUGCACAUAAGUUCGCACCUCUUACCGAUGCGCGUAGUUUAAGUUUAUAUGGUCAAUUGGUUACGUGCGGUACGUGGAAAAGCAUUGUGCGACGCCCAUCCGGAUGCCAUUUCUGUUUUGCUUACCUAUGUAGCAGUUAAUAUUGUAUCUUCCGCAAGCACCGGUGGAAUGGUGGCGGCGUUCAUGCUCUUCAAGCUUCUUCCUUUUUGCUUGUGCAUGAAUUGGUUUUAAGAAAUUCUGCUAGCUCUCGUGUGCAUCGAGUAAACGAUCUUCGAUAAGUAUGGUUUGAUCAUGAAGUAAAUUAUAGAAUGUGUUUUGCUGUAGUAGAUACAGUAGCGUGGAUAACGCAGAACACGAACGACAUACAGUGCAUAUUAACGGACGAAACGCUUCGUUCAAUGUUAGUUUAAUUGGCGUGCACAAUACGCUGUAUGUAGGCAAGGGAGCUUGGGGAAAUGGCACAGAAAUAAGCUAACGCGCUGUGUGUGGUUUUGUGUUUAUCAUUGGCGCUCCUUGUGCUACUUGGAAUGAAGUCAUCCUGGAGCAACAAACAGAUCACAGGUGCAGUCAGUAAUAGGACAAUGGUAGUAGUAAAAAAAAGGUAGUGUUAUAUUAACGUGACGGUGGUUGAGUCGCAACAAUCACCUCUAGGAAAACAAAAAUUUGCGACUUUGCGACAUCAAAAGAAGAACACAACCAUCUACCAGAUGUGUUGCUGUUCCAAUUCUUUGUUUAUUGGUCUCUCAACUGCAAUCGUUUAAACUCGUACGUGAAACUUGUAAAAAAUCUGAAACAUAAUGUUAAGGUCCCCGGCGUCACACAGCGUCAAAGAUUCACUGGAAGGAAUUUAUCUGUAGAAAAUAUAUGAAACAACACACACAAUUUAGGAACUAUUGAAUCAUUUAGGCGUGUAAUCAGCGUAAGACAGUUGGCCAUUUUUUUGAUCACACAUCCCCGGCGUUUGAUGAAAUACAAAAACCAAACGAUGCACAAAAGCCGAGAAGAAUACAUAAAUAUACAGAAACUGUAAGUGGUAGAUAAAAAGAAUUGUAAGCAGAUAUCGCGUUUUAAAUCGGCUUUCGGACAAUAUGAAACCCGUUGCGCUUCUCUUUCGAGACGAUCACGAUGACGGAAUGUUUUAAAGAACCUCUUCUCCAAAUAAGGCCGCAUUUGCAUUGACCAGAGUAUACCAUUGAACGUUGCAGAUUCGGAAACCCCUCCAGAGAGAUUACAAUUCUUGGCAGAGAAGGAACAAGUAUAGUAGAAAUCUAAACGCUAGCGGUAAAGGUGUACCCCUGAUUGUACGAUUGUUGUGAUUCUUUCUGUUUGAUAAUUUUCAUUCUAUGCUAAAUAAUAUUACAUUUUGUGGGAAGAAGCAAGGAGCAGGGCAAAACUGCGAAGGGCCUACGGGGUACUGCUGCGGCAUCUUCAUGCUCCGGGUGCAAGAUUGAUUGAUUAGUAGCGCACCCGCGGGUAAAGAAGGCAAUAGAAUUAGUCUUUAUUGAUCAUUGUCCGAUUGCGGCUCCGCUUUCAGCGAUAGUUUAGUAUGAUGUGUUAAGUAGAGCCCUGAUUCAUUUACACUCUGGUCCGCUGUAUAAUGGAGUGAAUUUUGACGAACAUGAAUGAAUGAAAUUGAAC